AUGCUCAAAACUACAUACCGCUCUGCGGCUCCGGCACCAGCGCAGUCUCCUCUUCCACCGGGCUGGACCGAACACAAAGCCCCGACAGGGCACACAUACUAUUACAAUGCAGGGACGAAACAAUCGACCUACACACGCCCGACAGCACCGUCGGAGGAGCCUUUGCAAAUUGACUAUGGAGCCACCGAGCCCGAUCAUGUCAUGCGCGCGUCCAUGCAAGCGAUGGAGGAGUUUCAAAGGAACAACGCACCAGGUCCGGGCCAUUUCACUGGUGGGAAGAGCUACCAAGACCAUUCCCGUCGACGAGGGAACCAGGGAGACAGGCCGAAGUCGAAAGCACCCAUACCGGAUUGUUUUCCAUGGGUACUUGUGAAGACCAAACUAGGGCGACGGUUCGUCCACAACACAGAAACAAAGCAAAGUCUAUGGAAGUUUCCACAGGACGUGAUGAUGGCCGUGAUUGAAAUGGACAGGAAAGAAUGGGAAGCGAAAAAGAAAGCCGAAGAGCAGCCUGCCGAGUCUCGGGGUACGCAGAGGCAAGACUCGUCGUCCCAAGCGCGUUCUACAAGUCCAGGUCGACAAGAACAAGCACAGGGGCAAUCCGCCGAAGCAGCCCCGGCGGCACCACCAUCGGCGCCAGAAGACUACAACAGUGACUCGUACGAAGAAGUCGAGGUGACGGACGACGAGGACGAGGCGCACGCGAAACGUCUACGGUUGUCCGCGACACCACCGCCACCGUCCGGGCCUGUAGAAUUCAACGAAGACGACAUAGCAUGGCAACUCGCGGCAAUGGAAGACGACUACCCUGGCGACGAUACAUACUCCAACCCCGACGCGGGCGGGUACCAAAACGAAGGUGACGAAGAUCAAGAAGAAGACGAAGGCCUGCCACUCACAGACAUUGACAAGAUCGCUCUGUUCCGGUCCCUCCUCGACGACAGCGGCAUCUCGCCCUACUCGACAUUCGAAAAGCUGAUCGACGACAUGGCCGUCGUCGAAGAUGACCGCUGGGUCGCUCUGCCAAACACCGCGUCCCGCCGAGACGCUUUCGCGUCGUGGUCCAAAGACCGCAUUGCCGAGAUCCAGGAGCGCAAAAAGACCGAAGCGUCGACGGCCAAACCACGGGACGCCCGCGUCGAGUACCUACGCUUCCUGCACAGACACGCCACUCCCAAGCUAUACUGGCCCGAGUUCAAGCGCAAGUUUAGAAAGGAUCACGAGAUGCGUGACGGCGCUUUGACAGAGAAGGACCGCGAGAAGCUGUACCGCGAACUGGUGGCCAAGCUGAAGACCAGUGACGGCGACCGGAAAAAGGACCUUGUCGGUCUUCUCAAGAGCGUGGACAAAGCCAGUCUCAAACAGGGGUCUCGGACGAGUAUCGAUGGAUUGCCUGACGCUAUACUGCGAGACGUCCGAUUCUAUACGCUCGACCAAGGGCGGAGAGACGAGCUUGUCAAGACGUUCCUGGAGACGUGA